AUGGCGGCCUUUCGCCUUCGUGCGCGCCCACGGCCCUGCGUGGCCGUCGCCGCUGUGGCCGCUGUGGCCGCUGUGGCCGCCGCCGCCGCGGCCUUCGCGGCGCCGAGCGCGGCGGAGCAGCCGCGGCGCUCGUCGGUGCUGGCGAGCCUGGGUGGGCUGGGCGCGAUGGGCUGGGCUGGAUGGUUGGGAAGUGAGAUGAAGCCUUCAACAGAGGGGCAGUACGAAGAGGCCGUGGUUGGUUUAGGUCUGGGUGCUCCAGACGUGGAAGAUGCCAGUGGCUGGGAAUUGAUCUUCUUCCAGAAGACUUUGGAGGAUAUUGGCCACCGCUGCCCCCGGAACUCGCAGGUGCUCUACCACUACACUGAUUUGCCCAGCUGCAAUGCCAUUGUGAAAGGCCGCCGAGGGCUGCGCCUAUCCAGAGGUGGCUACAAGGGUGGCGGAGUCUUCUUUUCAAAGCGCAGCCCUAUGCAGGAUCUGCCUGUGAGCAACAGGCUUUGGAGGGAGAUCUUCCCCAACUGGCGCACGGAGCAGCUGCGCUCGAACUAUGGGGAAGCCCUGGCCAAGGGCCGGGAGGACAAGGUGGAUGCUGUGCUGGUUUGCUAUGUGCCCUCCAGCAUGUGGGAGGAAGUGGAUGUGGACGAGCGCAAAGACGCUGCCUUCAUUUCGCUGGAGAAGUUCGAGACCUUCGCCGCGGAGUACUUCGCUUAUCGAUGCUCAGCUCCGAGAGACGCCCAGGGCCCAGGGCCGAGCUUGGAAAGCCUGGCCAACGGCCAGGUACCGACCAUUGAGCCUGACCACAGGGAGCUUCACCAAGUGAUUUUCGAGCUGGCAGACUUCUGCAUGGAUUACUUCCAAAGGCAGCCGCGGCGGUAUGCGAACCUGUGGUUUGGCCAACUGCAGGAGCAUGAGGUGUUUGGCUCGGUCGCGGGCCUUCCACCCACCGAAGAGAUUCUCAAGGAGCUGCGGUGCCUCCGCGAAAGCGCGGGAAAGCGGCAUCCGUUGGGCCAGUUGGGAGGACGUCAAGGUGGGCGUUUUGCCGCAGAAGCGCAUGAGCAUGAAGCCACAGGCCGCACCCUCUCCACGCCACCACCCGUGGCACGUCCUCCGGCACCCGUGGCACCGGCCGUCGCGGCCGGCUCUGCGGGCUAUCCGGCGGCCUCGGGGAAGGCCCCCCGAUUGCCAGGCCGGGUGAAGCGGCGGUCCAGGGAGCCUCGGUGUCGCCACGCGCUGGGAGGUGGCACAUUGACGAGAAUUGGAUUGCGCACAAGACGGCGCAGGGUCGGGUGGUUGCCAGUGCUGGGCGCAGCGCUUCGAUCGCCGCGAGCACCAGAUCCGCAUCGGCAAGGGCACUCGAGAGUAUGGCCGCUGGGAGAACUAUUUCCUCCGCUAUGGGCGGAGCGAGGGCGAGCCGGUGACGCCCCGCGCGGUGCAGCAGACGGCGAAGGCCGCCUUCGAAGCGGAAUACACGGCCUGGCGUGUGCAGCUGCAUACCAAUCCUCCUGCAUGAGCGAAUUUGAUGAAUUUGGAGUGGCAAUGCAUGUGGAUGUCCUGAUGAUGAGUUGGAUGUCCUCAUCGUGA